UUCGGCAAUGACACCUUCAACAAAGGCCGAAUCAUGAACGCAGCUUUCCGAGAGGCCCUGAAACUCUUCGACUCACACUGCGUCUGUUUCCACGAUGUGGACUUGGUGCCGGAAGAUGACCGGAACAUGUAUUCCUGCACAGAGCAGCCCAAACACAUGUCGAUCGGCAUCGACAAGUUCCAGUAUAUACUACCAUAUGAUGGUCUGGUGGGCGGAGUUCUCAUGUUCAAGACAGAUCAGUUUGUUUUAGUCAAUGGCUAUUCCAAUAUGUACUGGGGUUGGGGCGCAGAGGAUGAUGAUAUGACCACCCGGAUAUUGUCCCAUGGAUUGCGGAUAUAUCGGCCGCCUAGUAACAUAGCCAGGUACAAGAUGGUAAAACACGACGGGAGGAAGUCGUCCGAAGUUUCUGUCAGAAUGAAACUGCUGCGAUCCGCUGCAAAAAGAAGCAAGUUGGAAGGCCUUAACAAUGCACAGUAUAAAUUAGUAUCAACACAUAUAGAAAAAUUAUUUACUCAUUUUAUUGUUGACAUAGGACAUCCCUAA